CCUCUCCUCUCUCCAGGAGAGAUUCAUGGGUAGCCAGGUUUGCAAACUAUUUAAUUAAAGCCACCACUUCUACAAGAGCCAGGGGCGAAGUCGAGCAAUAGGCUCGACACGUCACAAAUAGUAAGGCCUCAGAUUCCCCAGCAAGGAUCUCUCUCUCUCUCUCUGGGUUAGGAAGGUUUGUCCCACCCUUUACUUUUGUGCCUAACUCAUAAUAAAUGAACAGGCAAUUUUUGUUUUGUGGGAGUCAAGGAGAAAUCAUGCGCCAACUUCUGAAGCAACUAGAGGUGGUUCAGAAGUACCCGUGAGUGCAGAAGGACUUGAGGGCCUGUGGCAUAGCAGUGAAAGGCGCCCUGAAGCCAGACUCUCCCCCUAGGCUCGAAGAUCCCUGAGCUUCCGGGCCAGUGGUUCCGUCUCUGAGGGACACAACCCACACAUCAAUCUCACAUACUUACCCUUGGCUGGGACUCCAAAACAAGUUUUCUGACCAGCCCCAGCCCCUGCCAUUGGCUUUAGCCUUUGGUCACCUGACUUGUUCGAGCCAAUGAGAGGUGACAGAAUGAAUACUUCCGCUUUCUGUGCGUCUAACAAGCCACUGUAUUUGCCUUUCGGAUGCUCUGAUUGGUCAUCUAGCCUCAACUCGCCAAUUUAUUGGCCAGUGCUGCGAGGCCGCAGUCCAGCGGGUCCGAGGGCUGCUGUGUCAGACAACCCAGCUGCCAUGGCGUCCUAUUUCGAUGAACACGACUGCGAACCUUUGGACCCCCAGCAGGAGGCCCGAACCAAUAUGCUGCUGGAGCUCGCGAGGUCACUUUUCAAUAGGAUGGACUUUGAAGACUUGGGGUUGGUAGUAGAUUGGGAUCACCACCUGCCUCCACCUGCUGCCAAGACCGUGGUUGAGAACCUCCCCAGGACAGUCAUCACAGGCUCUCAGGCUGAGGUCAAGUGCCCUGUGUGUCUUUUGGAAUUUGAAGAGGAGGAGACUGCCAUUGAGAUGCCUUGCCAUCACCUCUUCCAUUCCAGCUGCAUUCUGCCCUGGCUAAGCAAGGCCUUGGCCGGAACACUGCCCUGCUUUUCCCAGACAAAUUCCUGUCCCCUGUGCCGCCAUGAGUUGCCCACUGAUGAUGACACUUAUGAGGAACACAGAAGAGAUAAGGCCUUCAGGUAUGGCCCCUGCCUUUCCUUCAGGCUCGCAAGCAGCAGCAGAAGCACCGACUUGAGAACCUGCAUGGAGCCAUGUACACAUGAAGCAGCUGGGGCUGAGUGCUGGUCUUCCACAUCUUCCUCUUGCACCUUGAAUCCUCAUUAAAGAUUUCUUUACCCACCCUGA